AUGUCUUAUCCAGAAAAGUUCCAAGGUAUUGCCGUUGUUGAACGUGAAGAUUGGUUAAACCCAAAAAAAGUUUCAUAUGAUCCAAAGACUUUUGGUGAGCAAGAUAUAGAUAUUGAAAUCAUGGCUUGUGGUGUCUGUGGUUCAGAUACCCACACUGCUGCUUCUCGUUGGGGGCCUUGUCCAAAUAGUCAAGUUGUGGGUCAUGAAAUUAUCGGUAAAGUUGUUAAGAUUGGUUCUAAAUGUGAAGAUGGAUUGAAAAUUGGUCAAAGAGUGGGGGUUGGUGCUCAAGUCUUUUCUUGUUUAGAAUGCCAACGUUGUAAGAAUAACAACGAGCAAUAUUGUACUAACUUCGUCACUACUUAUACUGGUAUUUAUCCAAACGGUUACAUAGCACAAGGUGGUUAUGCUUCUCACAUUAGAGUUCAUGAACAUUUCGUAAUUCCAAUCCCUGAUGAAAUCCCAACUGAAUUAGCCGCUCCGUUAAUGUGUGGUGGUGCUACAGUAUUCACUCCAUUAUUAAGAAAUGGCUGUGGUCCAAAUAAAAAAGUGGGUAUUAUUGGUAUUGGCGGUAUUGGCCAUAUGGGUAUCUUAUUAGCUAAAGCUAUGGGUGCUGAAGUAUAUGCCUUUUCUAGAGGUGAAAAUAAAAGAGCGGAUGCAAUGGACUUGGGUGCUGACCAUUAUUAUGCUACAGGAACUGAAGGUUGGGAUAAAGAUUUAUUCAACACUUUAGAUUUAGCUGUUAUUUGUGCUUCUUCUUUAACUGAUAUAAAUUUAGAUCAAUAUAUUAAAAUAAUGAAAAUUGGUGGUUCUAUUCAAUCCAUUUCUGUUCCAGAUGUUACAGAAAAAUUAACUUUACGCCCAUUCCAGUUAGUUGGUAUAACAAUCGGUAACUCUUUGAUUGGUACUCCACAAGAUAUUAAAACAAUGUUGGAUAUUGUUGUUAAAAAUAAUGUCAAGAUUUGGAUUGAAAAAGUGCCUGUGGGAGAAAAAGGUGUUCAUGAAGCUUGGAGUAGAUUAGAAAAGGGUGAUGUUAGGUAUAGAUUUGUUUUAACAGAUUUUGAGAAAGAAUUUGGAAGUGAAAAAUAA